AUGGAAGAAAAUUAUGCAAAACUUGAAAAACUUGGUGAAGGUACAUAUGGUGUGGUUUACAAGGCACGAGAUAAGACAACUGGAAACAUUGUAGCAAUCAAGAAGAUUCGUUUGGAAACAGAAGAAGGAAUUCCACCCACUUCAAUAAGAGAAAUAUCUUUACUAAAAGAAGCUACCAGAAAUGAAAAUAUUGUGAAACUUUUGGAUAUCGUUAGUCAAGAAAACAAAUUAUAUCUCGUAUUUGAAUUCUUGACGAUGGAUUUGAAAAAGUUUAUUAAAGCUAUUCCAAAAAAACAUACAAUGGACCCAUUGAUUAUAAAACUUGUCGAUGGAACUAUGUUCUUACAUAUGCAUCGUAUUUUUCAUCGUGAUUUGAAACCUCAGAAUUUAUUAAUUGAUACAGGAGGAGAUCUUAAAGUGGUAACUUUAUGGUACAGGGCACCAGAAAUUUUACUUGGAUCGCGUCAAUAUGCCUUUGCAAUUGACAUGUGGAGUAUUGGAUGUAUUUUUGCAGAAAUGGCUAACCAAAAAACAUUAUUUCCAGGAACACCAAAUGAAGAAAUGUGGCCGGGAAUUAGUUAUCUUCCAGAUUAUAAGCCUUGUUUUCCACAAUGGAAACCACAGAAACUCGAUCAAUAUGCUCCAACAUUAGAUUCAUUAGGUAUUGAUUUACUUCAGAAAUUGCUUACAUAUGAUACUGUUCGUCGGAUUUCUGCCAGACGUGCUAUUUUACAUCCAUAUUUUAAUGAUUGUAAAUCUGCGGGCAGUGCUAGAUUGUAA